AAUAAUUCAUCAAAUUAUUUUACGGAAAAAUUUAGAAUCAAAUCAUAAAUGUACAUUAGCUGGAAGCAUUGUGUUCUUUGCUAAGUACUGUUGUUGAAAAAUCUAACGUCCUUGAAAGGUCCUGGAAAGUUUGUAGCGUUUUAGUGAGGGGAAUGUUGAUGAGGUGAAUGGACAUUGAGGCACAUACUAAAAUGUAGUCAAAAUUACAUCCUUUCAUCUAGUCCUACUUAAGUGUAGGUAAAAUAAUAGUCUUUACUCAAUCCUUUGAACUUGUUUUUCAUUAGAACUUUGAAACUCAAGAAUUGAAUAUCCAGAAACAAGGAUACUUAAAAGGAUUUUGUCUCCAAGGAAGAACAAAAUUAUAAUUUUAUAGUUUUUUGCAUGCAUUUCAAGGAGCUAAUUAAAUAGAACUUUUACAUGUGUAAUUAAUAAGUCUUGAUAUUGUUCUCACUUUUAAAAGUUUUAUGAUAUUGGCCUCUGAUGUGCAUGUAAAUUUUGGACGGGUUACCUAGUAGUAAAAAUUUACUGAAAGACAUUUUUUUUAUUUUGUGGUAUGUUCUAUAUUGUAAUCCCUGUCCUAGAGGGUUAGAGAUGAGUCUGUAUGGGACAAUUAAUAUAAUGGAAAAUAUCACUUAAUGGAUGAGCUAAAUGUUCUUGUGGGAACAUGUUUUCAAGUUGGUUUUGAUGAAUAAUAAGCCAAGGAGAGAAAAAAUCAUGGUGACCAGGAAGCCAGCUGUACAAAUGAAACUGAGAACUGUACAUAUCAUGUACUUUGCACAGUUUGGAAAAACAACUGUAAGAAUCUCUUGAGCUGCUACAAAAUUUCAAGUUAUAAAGAUUACAAUAUUCCUGGUGCAGCACCUCAUCUUUGUACAGCUGUAUGUUAUGUAUUUCUUGUUUUCUAUGUUUUCACCAGUGUUGCGCCAACUUUGUUCAAAAUUGUAGGGACCGCCCUUCUUCAGAGCUGGUCACAUGACAUGCGGGACUGUUGUGUUACAAGCCGUUUGGUGUUUAAGGUAGCGGUUAGUCACUCCAGUUCGUGUCAAUUUUACGAACGGGGAAAGACAGUCUUUCUUUCCCAGCAAUUAACGAAAAGCAGCAUUUGCAGAGCUGCCUUGUAACAGAUUUGCCUAGCAGUGCUAGUGCAUUCAGUGGAGAACAUAACAAAGAUGUAUAGACCUGAUUCGAGUUGAGCUCGAUUCUGAACUAGAUGUGGUUGUUUAUGCCAUGGAUUGCUGAAAAGUUUCACAACCUUGAUAAAUCUGUUAAAUAUUCCCGUAGAGAACCAAGCAAUAUCAAAGAGUCAUGGAUCGAAACUUAUAUCAGUACUUGUGCAAGGAGAUUACAUGGUACAGUAAUAACAAGACUGGUGCAAGUGGGAAGAGUUUAAAGGAUGAGAUUCAAAGAUAAAUUACGCACAGCCUUGUACAUGUACAUUGACUUGUGGUGGACCACCUUUUAAUAUCUCUCCCUAUGUUACUGAAUGAAGCUUUAUGCUGGCAAAGAUGGAAAAUGCUAUUAUUUUAAUGACGUAAAACAAAACUUAAAGCUUAACUUACCAUUUUAAGGCUAAUUCACUGGUGGUGUGCAGUUUUGUUAAUUAUUAUUAAAUUUUCUUGAGAGCUCUUUUUAAUGGUAUGCAUUUAUAUUUUUUCAGGAGAAAAGACGGACAAGGCGGACAAAGAUGCAGAUGACGAUGAUGUAGAGAUAAAUGCUGAUUCCAGGUAAUGGUUUACAAGGCAAUAUUAGUUGUCACUUGAAUUGCCUACCUUAAGUACUCUAGUAAGGGUUUCCUUGCCCUGGGAGCAACAUUAGCGUAUAGGAACAUAUUAACUGACCACUGGAAUGACUAUCUUAUAUCACCACCAGGAGUUUGAGUGGCAGUUUGAUUGACAAGCAGGUGAAAGUCGGCGUCUGCUAGAUGCAGGCGGCUCUGAGGAACACAUCUGAGAAUACAACAUUUCGUUUUUUCCUUCAGUAGAGUUGAACACGGGGAAGAGGAGACCCAGCUUGACGACUCAUUAGUCGUCUUGGACAAAUGUAAGUGGAAGAGACAGCGAGUACAUACAAUAUGUACUGUCCGUAUUCUUGUAGGAAUAAGGUUGCAAAGGAGCACUCAGAAAAAAUGACAGUCGAUUGCUUAUUUAAACGCCUACUGUGAUGUGUGUGUGUCCUGUUAGAUCAGGAAUGCUAUCUAGAGCAAUAUUCCUUUCUCAUUCUGGUGCUUGAAUUUACUUCCAGACAACUGUGACCUCCAUCUGAAAGUUGCCCCAGAUGGUCUGAGUGGAAAGCUGUUGCCUGAUGAAGGAUUCUCGUACCUUCUUGCUGGUGCUAGAGCUACCUGGGGUGCCACAAAAGGAAAAAUCUGCUUUGAAUGCAAGGUAGGCAUAAUGUUACAAUCUGGAAAUCUGUAGGUAGUGGUUUGGAUUUGCCAUCAUUGUUUGAAUUUGUUUUUUUGGUACAAAGGGCAAUCAGUUGCAGUGGGAUCUUGAAGAGAGAAUAAAAGAAGUAAUAAUCAUUGUAAAUUAAUGUGGCCCCUUUCUAUUUCUUCACCCAUUGCAUUGUUUGGUCUGCAGCAUGGCUACUUUGUACCAUCUGAUGAUUUUUACAAAAGAACUAUUCAACUAGAAGUUAAAUUACUAUUUUAAUUUAUUUUGCUUGGGGUAUGAAUCUAUUAGCAAUGUUUGCCCUGCAGUUAAAUUUUAUCUUUGGUUCAAUUCUCACUGUGUAUGACUGGUAACAGAUGAUGGUCCAUGUACCUGGAAGCUCAGUGAAACCUCCAUGUGCACCCACCUAUCAUAAACACCAAAUUUUCCACUUGAACCUUUAUAGUACUGUUGUUGGUACUUCAUGUUAAAGGUCACGUCUCCUAAGUGAAUGCAAUCAUGCGUUGGUCAGGUAACUUUAAAAUUGUACGCAAUAGAUUCUCAUCCAAAAAGUUGAUCCAUCCAGUCCUCUUCUCUAACGAGGCCUUCUGUAGUUUGUAUGUCAUAACGUUCACAUUUUUGUUGUCGGGUGCUGGAGUUUGGACUUAUAAAACAAGGAUUCCAUGAGAACUAUGUUUAAGUAUGUAAAUUGCAGGUUAUGAACUGAAAUGAAAUGGGUCUGAAAUUUUUAUUUUAUAGAGAAAUCAGUAUUUUUUUUAGUCAAGGAAUAUGCAAUAAAAAAUGAUUAAACUAUGCAUUAAUAUAUUAGUGACAGUCAAGAUAAUGUAUUAUUGGUCUCUUUGUUUCCAAUCAAGGUGACAUCAUUUGAUUCUGUGGACCUUCCUGAAUCAGAGGACCCAAAGAAAAUAAGUUAGGGUUUUGGGGCUGGUCAAUCUGAUUCUGCCAAAGUUGAUUGGGCAGCUUUAUGGUUGGAAGUUUAUGUACAAUUUGUUUUACUUUGUAUUUGAAGGCAAUUUUUAAGCCUAUGUCAUUUUGAUUUGAUUCUACAAACACUACAUGGAGGGGCUGCAUUUGAUGUGACAGCAAACACCAGGGGCAAUAGGGUCCUCGCUUGCUCUUUUACCAUUAUUAUUUCACUGAUGAACAUGUUAGAAAAGAACUACAUAAAAUUAUGCUCCUCACAAUGUUUCUAUUUACUGUUUCUUGCAAGAUAAUUUGAACCUUGUUACUCUUUUGCUACCCUGUCUCUUCUUCAGGGGAAAUCAAGAAUUCUUACGGUUUUGAUUCAUCUGGAAAGAAAGCUUUAGAUUCAGAGUUUUCAGAAUAUGGACAGUCAUUUGGUGUUGAUGAUGUUGUUGGGUGUUACUUGGUAAGUGCUUGAACAGUAAUAAAGUCCCACUCAUGCUCAAGGUCUUGGAAUCAAACAGUAAGCAACAAGUUAUUAGAAAAUGUUAAAAUGUAAGUGGUGUGCUGUUAAAAUACCAAUCAAUGAUUCCAAGGCUUCAAAUAAUUUUCUAUUUUGGAAGGACUAUGUUGUAUAUAAUAAAGUUAUUCUUGGCCAAUCACGAAGGACUCCUUUUACUGGUAGACAGAGGAAGAUUGUUUCAAAUAUUUCUUGACUUUUUUGUCAACAUCUUUUUCGAAUUAAUGUCAUCGCUCUUUAGCAUACAUUUACCCUUUUUUCAAUGGGACAGCAUCUCAAGAAACCUCAAAGCACUGUCCUCAGCUAUGAAGUGCAUUCCCCUCAAAAUAAUGCCAUUCAUUUCACCAAUUGAUUUAACUGAGGCCCUGUUGGGAUAAAUUUUGACCAAGCAACAUGGCCUUGAAGCAGGGACGUAAGGCAGUAGAAAUGGCAACAAAAGAGACAAAGAUGGGUUGAAACCACGACAGAGACAGAGAAAAGUGCAAGUGAAAUACCAACAGCAACAUGGCUUCCUCCUCAAUAUGCGAAAUGAGAGGCUUUGAAAUUAAUUUUAGGCAAGGGACAUACAUAAAGCCCCUAAGAAGCCUCUUAACUGAUAAGUAAAAUUUUUUGUCCAGGAUUUGGAGAGUGAUCCAAAGACUGUUUCGUUCAGCAAGAAUGGGGAAGACCUUGGGGCAGCAUUUGAGUUAACAGAAGAUUUGGAAGGAAAAGCACUUUAUCCUCAUGUGCUUGUAAAAAAUGCUGAGUUCAGUGUCAAUUUUGGAUCUCAGGUAAUCAUAUAUCAUAAUCUCAAACAAUUACGUUAUGUCUCAGUCUUUUUAAAAAAAUAAAAACAAAAAAUGCAUUUAUAGACUUCCAUACUCCAUUAAUACAUGGUACAAUACAAUAACUACUCUUAAUCAGGUUAAAAAGCUACAAUAAUUCAAGUACUGUUCAUGCCAAUGAUAAAAUUAAAAAUCAAAUGUAUCCUUAAAAAGAUAAGUCUUUGACCACAUUUUUUAAUUUUUUUUUUAAGGAAGAGCCAUGGUUUCCUCCAAAGGAAGGCUAUACUUUUAUCCAGUCUUUUAGUGAAGAGUCAUUGAUCCAUGGCACAAGAGGACCAGCAACUAAAAAGGAAUGUGAGGUGAGAGGCUAUUAUCUCAGAAACUGGAAACUGGAAGUUGUAGCCAAGAGGCCUUUCUCUACAUUCAGUUUUUUGUUUGUCUCUUGGAGUUCAGACAGGAUACAAAGAAGAUCAUUUUUACAGCUUACCAUUCGGGCAAGCUGAAGCUAGCAUUUACUAGCCUAGACGUCAUUUCAAGUAGCCCCAAAAGCUUUUGACUCACAGAAUUGAUUUCACAGUUCUUCUGUAAUUUUAUUCGAAUUCCUCAAAAAACAUCACUUGCCCAUCGGGCAAGUUUAAAACAGAGUUCACCAGCAAGAUAGCAAAAUCCACUAGCCCCGGGCUAUUGGACACCUACUUUCUUUGCACGCUGUCAGUUAUUCUGUUAUUGCAGUUUUGAGGCCUGUAAAGAAAAACAAUUUAAUAAUAUUGUAUUCAUCUUUUUGUUACUUAUCUGUUUACAAAAAAAAAUUCAGGUUAUUAUGAUGGUUGGAUUACCUGGUUCAGGAAAGACAACAUGGGUCAACAAGCAAGUGAGCGAUAAUCCAGACAAGAAGUACAAUGUCCUUGGUACCAACUCAAUCCUGGAAAAGAUGAAGGUACUGUAUGUUGGGACAAUUUUAGACAGAACAAUUUUAGACCGAACAUCAGGUUUAGACGGAACAUCAGAAAGAAAGACUUGACGUCUUUUAUUGAGAGCACGUGCACCAAUUUAUUGUAACUUAUGUAUCACUUAACCACGUUUGCAAUGGAAUUUUAUCACUUUUAAACUAAAUAAUUAUAAAUUUCAUGAAUAUUCUAAAUAUCAGUUCUUCUUAGAACUAAGCGAAAUUAAAUUUUUCUUGAAUAGAUUUUCAUUAUGAAACUUCUCUGUUUUUAAAAUGAUUAUAAAUUUUAAAAUAGAUUUUUAUCACUUGUAGCAUCCUUGUUUUAAUUAAUCAAUCUUUUUUUUUUUUAUUUUGUAUUUGGAAUGUUCUUUUAGUGUCCACAAUUAGCUAACACAUAGCUAAAUACUCUAAAACUUAGAGAAAGUUCAUUCAUUCAUUGUUAACAUGAGAAUGGCCUUUCUUCUCAGUGCUUCCAUAUGUACUUAAACAACUGUUUUGGACUUUUUCAGAACAAUUGACUGAUUUCUUAGAGAAUAAAGUGGUUCAUUAUUGAUAUUUGACAAUGAAAUAGAACAUUCAGAAAAAAAGUCCAGUCAAUGUUACUCUGAACAGAAGAUUAAUUGUAGGAAAAAGGAAAUUGUUCAGAUUUUUAGAAGGUUUGUCAAUUAUUUUGAAGGUUGAAUAACAGUGUUUGAUCGGCUGUUCCAGUUAUGAGGAGUAUCAUGAAACCAAGGCUUUGAUACAUGUAAAUCAAGAUUCUGCCGUAAUUGUAUUGUAUUGUAUUUACCGCCAUUGUUUUUAGAUCCUGGGAGUGGCUAGGAAGAGAGAUGUAGGUGGAUAUAGUAAGCUGAUGGACAAGGCUGCAAAAUGCUUACACCGAUUAUUUGAACUUGCUCCCACUAAGAAGAGAAACUACAUUCUGGACCAGGUAAAAUAUAUUCACUGUGUAUUCCUCAUUUAUUUUGUCAGUAACUUAUAAUGUGUAUCAGGUAAAUAGCAACUCACAGACUCACCUUGCUUAGAAUAAUGCUAAAGCUGUCAUUAAGAGCUGAGGGCCGGGGAUUUCCUCUGACUACUAUGAAGUUGGCCUGAGCUACUUUCAUUAAGAAGAUGAAACAAAGAUAGAACCAAAGGAAAUACCUACCUUAUCCUGGAAAUGCCAAACCUUCUUGUUGUAUUUACCCAGAGACUUAAAAUCUUAGUGGCAGCCCUGAUGCAACUUUUUAAGUAUAACAUUUUGAUGCAAGUCUUAAAACACAAUAAAUUUGCGUUGUACUCUCUACACUGUAUUUUUCAUUAACACGCAGCCAUGUACAGUAGUGUAGCAUCUCUGAAAACGUCAAUUUCCUCAAAAUGACAACUUUUUAUUCCUUUUUGAUGGUGAUUAACUGUUUUUCAACCUUAAAAGUGAUGUCAUAGAAAUAUUGGAAUUAAAUAUUGAAGCUGUUUUAUUAAUUAAGGAUAGACCCUCAGAAUAAUUAAGAGGGGGGAGGGACGGGAGGGCAGGCAAAGUACAUGUUUAUGGCUACCAAAAAAAUAAUAUUAAUGCAAGGGAAAAUUAACCAAGGAUUAAGGAAAAUUUUAACAAAAAAUAUUUAUGCUGGUCGAAACACCCCCACCCCAGCCAUAACUUUUCUAAUGUUCCGCCUCUGAGAAACAAUAUUGUUUUUUGUAUUCUUACCCCAUCACAAAAUAAAAUUUUAAAAAACAAUGGCUUGUUAAUGAGCUGGGACCCAGGGAAGGGAUGUCACUAAGAUUUCAAGUUGGCGGGUAAAUAAAACAAGGAGGCAGGGAAUAAAACAGCUAGGGAUUUCUUUUAGUGCUAUGUUUCUUCUAUUUUCCUAAGAAAGUAGCCGGGGGCCACAUUCAUGGUAACAGGCUUACCAAUUCUAUUGUUAUAAAGACCGAUCAAGGCAAUUAGUUUUUGAUAACCCUUUGAAACUGUUUGAAUGUUUGUUUUAGACCAAUGUGUACCUCUCUGCUCAAAAAAAGAAGAUUCGUCCCUUUGAAGGAUUCAGCAGAAAAGCAAUCGUAUGCAUUCCCACUCAAGAGGAACUUAGAAAAAGAACAGAGGAUAGAAAGAAAGAAGGCAUUGAACUGCCUGAAAAUGCUGUCAGUGACAUGAAAAGUAUGAUGUUUCUCACAUUGUUUUGGGUGUGUUAAACAUGUAGUAAUUCCCAAUGCUGAUAAAAAUAUAUAUAUAUAUUAUUACAUAUUCAACUGGAAGAAAUCUAGCCUAUUAGAGUAGUGUAUCAAUAAAUUAUUAUGUUGCAAUGAAUGGAGAUAUUGUCUUUGUUAAUUACCCAUAGUGUGAUCUACAAACCUUUAAUCUUAUCAGUUUGAAUUUCACUUAUGCAUGUUUUUUAUUAUUAUUAUUAUUUUCUUAUUUAUUGUAAUUGUAGCACUUGUUUGAGUUUAAACCCUUUUAUUCCAGUGAGUUUUACCCUUCCCAAAGUUGGAGAAUUCUUUGAUGAAGUUGUCUAUGCUGACCAGCCUGAGAGCAAAGCUAAAACCAUUGUUGAUGAAUACAUCAAAGAAGGUCGCAGCUACAGAAGUCGCUCAGGUUCAGGCUCUGAACCCCCUUUCAAACGCUCAAGAUUUGAAGACAGGUCUCCACGCCAUGGAGGUUACUCCAGGGACAGAAGUUAUGGUGAUCAUGGUGGAUACAGACGAGGUGGAGGAGGCGGCGGCGGCGGCGGUGGGUCCUACCAACGGUUUGGUGGUGGCCGUCCAUAUCAUGGAGGAGGAGGAGGUGGCUACCGUGGUGGUCGUGGAGGAGGAUAUCAUGAUCGACGAGAUCAUCGAGGUGGAGGAAGAGGUAUAAUACAUGUAAUUCUGCAAUGAGUAGUAUGGCCAAUCUUGUUUUGGUCUAUUUGUAAGCAAGGCGGAGCCUUCAUGUUCUUCCUCCCAAUUGUCCCUAUAAUCACAAGAAAAAUACUAAACAAAACACGCACUAAAACAUAACAGUUUUUAGAACUGCAGCAAGCGCUAAGUGAACAUUUAUAUAUAUAUAUUUUUUCCUGGUGGCCAUUUGGUUACUGUACAUGUACAUUUAGAGUGUGUUAUAGGAAAAGCUUGGUUUCUGCUUUUGUUAAGGUUUCUCUGGAUCUCUUUCUGAUAACUUUUCAGCCUGGAAAACAUAAUGGAUUCUUGUAUUGGAAAAAAGAAGAAGACAGUCUUGAAUUUUAUAUCCAACAUCUCUAUGAAACCUGAUUUAGAACAUGUUAGAGAAUAAGACAUUAUAGUGACCGUUUUGGUAUCAUUUGCUGGAAAGGUAAUUGGUUGGAAAAGUAAAUGAAACACUGCCUUUUGAGUUGUUCUAGUGAAUAAUAGUGCUGUUUUCCCCUGUGGAAUGUUCCAAAUUUGAAAUUUGAAAUUAUUUUGUUUUCUGUUAAUUUUUUCAAAAAUAUCCUUGACACCAAGCUUGUGCAAGAAAAAUUAACCAGUCCUAAUUUUUGUUUAUCAUUAUUUUACCAAACCAUGUACUGACCAUAGCAGUUUGCCCAUGUAAAUUUGCAAAAGUGACUGGAGUGUUAAAUAGAGAAUUUGUGGUAAUUGGUAUCAACACAAGUUUUUCUUUUUUUCCUUAGGGGGUUAUGGUGGUGGAGGCUAUGGUGGCAGUGGUGGUUAUCGUCAGCAUCAAUCUUCGUACCGCCAAAAUCAGUCAUAUCAACAGCACAAGCCACGUAACCAACAGAACUACAACCAGCACAGCUACAAUCAGCACCAACAAACAGGAUUUCAGUCAAAUUACAACCAACAGCAGCAACAGCAACAGUAUGGUACUGGGGCAUACAACCAAUACUACAGCUACAACCAGGGAUACCAGGCAGCCACAGGUUACCAACAAACAGGCUAUCAACAACAAGCAUAUGGCCAAACAGCACAGCAGGGUCAGCAACAGCCUCAAUACCAGAACUACCAGAGCUAUUACGCUGGCUAUCAACAGCCACAGCAGCAAACAGGAUUCGGUGGUUAUGGGGGCACUGGGUAUUAG